UUUUUGCUGAAUAGUAUUCCAUGAUAUGUGUAGAUAUAUCACAUUUUGUAUAUCUAUUCACCAACUGUUGGACAGUUUAGUUUCCAGCUUUUUCUAACACACUGUACAUUCUGCUUUGUUCCCCCCACUAGAAUGUCAACUACACGAGGCUGGAAUAUUUGAUGGUUGUGUUCACCUCUGUACCCCCAGCAUUUGAAUUAUGCUGGACACAUAGUAGGUAUUCAAGAAAUAUAUCCUGAAAGAAUAAGUUAGAAUAGAGAUAACUUCAGGGAGUGGUAAGCCUGGGCUAUGUUGGCCAUCAAGCAGGGCAAAGGCGACAGAGUGAUGGGACUCCAUGGAGCCAGCAGUCAGGGCAGGCUCCUAUAAGGAAUGGACUUUGGAGCAGCCACCUGAAUGCACAAGGCCAAUUAUUGCACGUUCAUCAUCAGCCCCAGGCCUCAGCCACCUGCUCCUGUGCCACUCCUGCAGGCACUGCUCCUCACCAAGCCAGAGGCAUUGUUAAAGGGAGUUAAUGUAUGUGAAGCCUCUGGAACAAGAGCCUGGCAGGUAAUCAGUACACAAGGAGUGUCAGGAUUACCACAGUACAGAGGACGCAGGGAGGCACCCUCCCUCAUUUCUUCAAAACAAGGAUCUGACCCUUUUAGGGGAAGCAGCUGUGGAGUCCACCUCCAAGAAGCCCCAGGCAGCAGGCCACAUGGGAGAUGCCAAGCACAGCCCCCACAAAGUUCCCGGUGGGUCAGCUGAUCACCUGAAGCAUCAGCACGGCCAUGGCCACGGCAGCUCCUCCGAUUCCAGCAGCAGCUCCAGCGACUCGGAAAAUGAGGCUAAGCCCGGCACAGCCGGCUCGGAGAAGCACAAAAGCGCCCCGGGCAAGGUCAAGAAGCCAAAGGUGAAAAAGGAGAAGAAGAAGGACGAGAAGAAGAAGGACGGGAAGAAGAAGGCUCCCCACUGACGGGCCUGGGCGGGGCUCAUUAAACCUUCUCUCGGCCUCCA